CCCCGCCCCAUCAGGCGUCCCUGGGCUCCGCCCGCCAGCUCCACAUCAGCACCACGUCAGGAGCUGUCCGCACCCCCGGUGCUGAACCAAGAUGGCCGGCGGCGGAGGCCGGGCCCCGGCGUGAGCUGAGCGCGGGCUGCAGCCCCGGCCAUGCCCCAGCCCAGUGGCCGCUAAGCUCCACCCGACAGAGCCGGCCCGCCGGCGACCCCGGAGACAUGUCUCUGCUUUGCGUUGGAGUCAAAAAAGCCAAGUUUGAUGGUGCCCAAGAGAAAUUCAACACGUAUGUGACCCUGAAGGUGCAAAAUGUCAAGAGCACGACCAUCGCGGUGCGGGGCAGCCAGCCCAGCUGGGAACAGGAUUUCAUGUUUGAGAUUAACCGCCUGGAUUUGGGGUUGACGGUAGAGGUGUGGAACAAGGGUCUCAUCUGGGACACAAUGGUGGGCACCGUGUGGAUUCCCCUGCGGACCAUCCGCCAGUCCAACGAAGAGGGCCCUGGAGAGUGGCUAACACUGGACUCUCAGGUCAUCAUGGCGGACAGCGAGAUCUGCGGCACCAAGGACCCCACCUUUCACCGCAUCCUCCUUGACACGCGCUUCGAGCUGCCUUUAGACAUCCCUGAGGAGGAAGCGCGCUACUGGGCCAAGAAGCUGGAGCAGCUGAACGCCAUGCGGGACCAGGACGAGUAUUCGUUCCAAGAUGAACAAGACAAGCCUCUCCCCGUCCCCAGCAACCAGUGUUGCAACUGGAAUUAUUUUGGUUGGGGUGAACAGCAGAACGAUGACCCUGACAGUGCGGUGGACGAUCGCGACAGCGACUAUCGCAGCGAGACAAGCAACAGCAUCCCGCCACCCUAUUACACCACAUCCCAGCCCAAUGCCUCGGUCCACCAGUACUCUGUCCGCCCACCACCCCUGGGCUCCCGGGAAUCUUACAGUGACUCCGUGCACAGUUAUGAGGAGUUCUCCGAGCCGCGGGCCCUCAGCCCCACCGGCAGCAGUCGCUACGCCUCCUCGGGGGAACUGAGCCAGGGCAGCUCGCAGCUGAGCGAGGACUUCGACCCGGACGAGCAGAGCCUGCAGGGCUCCGAGAUAGAGGACGAGCGAGACCGGGACUCCUACCACUCGUGCCACAGCUCGGUCAGCUACCACAAGGACUCGCCGCGCUGGGACCAGGAUGAGGAGGAGCUGGACGAGGAGCUGGACGAGGAGCUGGAGGACUUCCUGGAGGAGGAGGAGGAGGAGGAGGACGAGGAGCUGGAGGAGGAGGAGGACGAGGAGCUGGAGGAGGAGGAGGAGCUGCCUGACGAGGAGGAGGAGCUGGAGGAGGAGGAGGAGGUGCCUGAUGACAUCCGGAGCUACGCCCAGCGGGAGGAGGUGGCCGUGGCUGAGCCCAAAGACUUCAAGCGUGUCAGCCUCCCACCGGCCGCAGCCGAGAAGGAGGAUAGGCCUCCGGCCGGGCCUGCUGAGGCCCCCGACGUGGCCAAGGCGGCCCCUGGGCCAGCCGCACUGGAGGAGGCGCCCACAGCGGAGCGGGCCCCUGAGCCAGAGCCCCCCAAGUCUGAGGAGAGUUUCAGGCGACGAGAGGAUGAGGAAGGCCAGGAGGGUCAGGACUCCGUGUCCAGGGCCAAGGCCAACUGGCUUCGAGCCUUCAACAAAGUGCGGUUGCAGCUGCAGGAGGCCCGAGGAGAAGGAGAGAUGUCCAAAUCCCUGUGGUUCAAAGGCGGCCCUGGCGGUGGCCUCAUCAUCAUUGACAGCAUGCCGGACAUCCGCAAGAGGAAGCCCAUUCCACUCGUGAGCGACCUGGCCAUGUCCCUGGUCCAGUCCAGAAAAGCGGGCAUCACCUCCGCCUUGGCCUCCAGCACUUUGAACAACGAGGAGCUGAAAAACCACGUUUACAAGAAGACCCUGCAAGCCUUAAUCUACCCCAUCUCCUGCACGACGCCGCACAACUUCGAGGUGUGGACGGCCACCACGCCCACCUACUGCUACGAGUGCGAGGGGCUGCUGUGGGGCAUCGCGCGGCAGGGCAUGCGCUGCACGGAGUGCGGCGUCAAGUGCCACGAGAAGUGCCAGGACCUGCUCAACGCAGACUGCCUGCAGCGGGCUGCAGAGAAGAGCUCCAAGCACGGGGCAGAGGACCGGACGCAGAACAUCAUCAUGGUGCUCAAGGACCGCAUGAAGAUCCGGGAGCGGAACAAACCUGAGAUCUUCGAGCUCAUCCAGGAGAUCUUCGCCGUGACCAAGACCGCGCAUACGCAGCAGAUGAAGGCGGUCAAGCAGAGCGUGCUGGACGGCACGUCCAAGUGGUCGGCCAAGAUCAGCAUCACUGUGGUCUGUGCCCAGGGCUUGCAGGCAAAGGACAAGACGGGAUCCAGUGACCCCUAUGUCACUGUCCAGGUUGGGAAGACCAAGAAACGGACGAAAACCAUCUAUGGGAACCUGAACCCUGUGUGGGAGGAGAACUUCCACUUUGAAUGUCACAACUCCUCAGACCGAAUCAAGGUGCGUGUCUGGGACGAGGAUGAUGACAUCAAAUCCCGUGUGAAGCAGCGGUUUAAGAGGGAAUCCGAUGACUUCCUGGGACAGACGAUCAUCGAGGUGCGGACACUCAGCGGCGAGAUGGACGUGUGGUACAACCUGGACAAGCGGACUGACAAAUCCGCCGUAUCAGGUGCCAUCCGGCUACACAUCAGUGUGGAGAUCAAAGGCGAAGAAAAGGUGGCCCCCUACCAUGUCCAGUACACUUGUCUACACGAGAACCUGUUCCACUUCGUGACAGACGUGCAGAACAACGGGGUUGUGAAGAUCCCAGAUGCCAAGGGUGAUGACGCCUGGAAGGUUUACUAUGAUGAGACAGCCCAGGAAAUUGUGGAUGAAUUUGCCAUGCGCUACGGCGUCGAGUCCAUCUACCAAGCCAUGACCCACUUUGCCUGCCUCUCCUCCAAGUACAUGUGUCCCGGGGUGCCCGCCGUCAUGAGCACCCUUCUCGCCAACAUCAAUGCCUACUACGCGCACACCACCGCCUCCACCAACGUGUCCGCCUCUGACCGCUUCGCUGCCUCCAACUUUGGGAAAGAGCGCUUUGUCAAGCUUCUGGACCAGCUGCACAACUCCCUUCGGAUCGACCUCUCCAUGUAUCGGAAUAACUUCCCAGCCAGCAGCCCAGAGAGACUCCAGGACCUCAAAUCCACUGUGGACCUUCUCACCAGCAUCACCUUCUUUCGGAUGAAGGUGCAAGAACUCCAGAGCCCACCCCGAGCCAGCCAAGUGGUGAAAGAUUGCGUGAAAGCCUGCCUCAACUCGACUUAUGAGUACAUCUUCAACAACUGUCAUGAACUCUAUAGCCGGGAAUACCAGACAGAUCCGGCUAAGAAAGGAGAAGUUCCCCCAGAGGAACAGGGACCCAGCAUCAAGAACCUUGACUUCUGGUCCAAGCUGAUCACUCUCAUAGUGUCCAUCAUUGAGGAAGACAAGAAUUCAUACACUCCCUGCCUCAACCAGUUUCCCCAGGAGCUGAACGUGGGUAAAAUCAGUGCUGAAGUGAUGUGGAACCUGUUUGCCCAGGACAUGAAGUAUGCCAUGGAGGAGCAUGACAAGCAUCGCCUGUGUAAGAGUGCUGACUACAUGAACCUACACUUCAAGGUCAAGUGGCUAUAUAACGAGUAUGUGGCAGAGCUUCCUGCCUUCAAGGACCGCGUGCCUGAGUACCCUGCGUGGUUUGAGCCCUUUGUCAUCCAGUGGCUGGAUGAGAAUGAGGAGGUGUCCCGGGAUUUCCUGCAUGGGGCCCUGGAGCGAGACAAGAAGGAUGGGUUCCAGCAGACCUCAGAGCACGCUCUGUUCUCCUGCUCCGUGGUGGAUGUCUUCUCCCAGCUCAACCAGAGCUUUGAGAUCAUCAAGAAACUUGAGUGCCCUGACCCCCAGAUCGUGGGGCACUAUAUGAGGCGCUUUGCCAAGACCAUCAGUAAUGUGCUCCUCCAGUAUGCAGACAUCAUCUCCAAGGACUUCGCCUCUUACUGCUCCAAGGAGAAGGAGAAAGUGCCCUGCAUCCUCAUGAACAACACUCAGCAGCUCCGAGUGCAGCUGGAGAAGAUGUUCGAAGCCAUGGGAGGAAAAGAGCUGGAUGCUGAGGCCAGUGACAUCUUGAAGGAGCUCCAGGUGAAACUCAACAAUGUCUUGGACGAGCUCAGCCGGGUGUUUGCUACCAGCUUCCAGCCACACAUCGAGGAGUGUGUCAAGCAGAUGGGUGACAUCCUCAGCCAGGUGAAGGGCACGGGCAACGUGCCAGCCAGUGCCUGCAGCAGCGUGGCCCAGGACGCUGACAAUGUACUGCAACCCAUCAUGGACCUGCUGGACAGCAACCUGACUCUCUUUGCCAAAAUCUGCGAGAAGACGGUGCUGAAGCGGGUGCUGAAGGAGUUAUGGAAGCUGGUCAUGAACACCAUGGAGAAGACCAUCGUCUUGCCACCCCUCACCGACCAGACGAUGAUCGGCACCCUCUUGAGAAAACAUGGCAAGGGAUUAGAAAAGGGCAGGGUGAAAUUGCCAAGCCACUCAGAUGGAACCCAGAUGAUCUUCAAUGCAGCCAAAGAACUGGGUCAGCUGUCUAAACUCAAGGACCACAUGGUACGAGAAGAAGCCAAGAGCUUGACCCCGAAGCAGUGUGCAGUAGUUGAGCUGGCCCUGGACACCAUCAAGCAAUACUUCCACGCAGGUGGCGUGGGCCUCAAGAAGACCUUCCUGGAGAAGAGCCCAGACCUGCAGUCCCUGCGCUACGCCCUGUCCCUCUACACGCAGGCCACCGACCUGCUCAUCAAGACCUUCGUGCAGACGCAGUCGGCCCAGGUCCAUGGUGGAAAAGGGACUAGGUUUACCCUUAGUGAAGACAUUUAUCCUGAGAAGGGCUCGGGUGUGGAAGACCCUGUGGGUGAAGUUUCAGUCCACGUCGAGCUCUUCACUCAUCCGGGGACCGGGGAGCACAAGGUCACUGUGAAAGUGGUGGCGGCCAAUGACCUCAAGUGGCAGACCUCUGGCAUUUUCCGGCCAUUCAUCGAGGUCAACAUCAUCGGGCCCCAGCUCAGCGACAAGAAACGCAAGUUUGCAACCAAAUCCAAGAACAACAGCUGGGCCCCCAAGUACAACGAGAGCUUCCAGUUCACGCUGAGCGCGGACGCGGGCCCGGAGUGCUACGAGCUGCAGGUGUGCGUCAAGGACUACUGCUUCGCGCGCGAGGACCGCACGGUGGGGCUGGCCGUGCUGCAGCUGCGGGAGCUGGCCCAGCGCGGGAGCGCCGCCUGCUGGCUGCCACUGGGUCGCCGCAUCCACAUGGACGACACGGGCCUCACAGUGCUGCGCAUCCUGUCACAGCGCAGCAACGACGAGGUGGCCAAGGAGUUCGUCAAGCUCAAGUCGGACACGCGCUCCGCCGAGGAGGGCGGCGCGGCGCCUGCGCCCUAGCGCGGGGCACGCGGGCGGGCAGCACUGCGCCUGCGCGCGGGGCGGGGCGACGUCUGUGCGCUGGGACCUCCCAGAGGCCGAGUCUCCGGGCUCUGUGCGGAGGGCUGAGUGCGCCUGCGCCCUUGACUUAGCUCCCACCUCUAGGGACUGGUGAACGGACGACGCCCCGCCCCCUCGAGCAGCCACGCCCUAGGGCGCGAUGAAGGAAGAAGCCACAUCCCCUACUAGAAGCCAAGUCCCCAGCGCCUAGGGGACCUUUCGAGCUGGGAUGGGAGGGAGUCCUGCCCCCCUGUGGAGGAGGCCAGGUCCUGGGGCUCUGGUACGGGGAGACCCUGCCUCCUGUCCCCUGGAAAAGCCAUAAGAUGGGUCCCCAAAUCCUGGGGCCCAAGACCAAUUGCCAAGUAUGGAACUCUCAGCUCCCUGGAGGGGCGGGCCCUGGGCAAGGGGCAGGGCUUCCUAGAGCGCCCCCUGGGGUGGUCUAGGGGGUGGAGGCACUAGAAAGCUGGUUGGAGGGCCCAGGUUGGACCAGAGUGUCUUUUCAUGUUUGUGCAAAAAAUAAACAGGGAGGGAGGGGAGGAUGGGAUUUCAAAAGCACAUGCGCCCUCGGGCGCCCAAACCCUGGGGGCCACGUGGACGGCUCUGAAGCACCCGCACUGCCCCCACUUCCCCAUGGGGGUUUGCCUCUCCUUUUCCCCCAACAUACCCAUCCUCAUAGCAUAGAGUUUAACCCACCCGUUUAACAGAUGGCAGAACUGCGGCCCAGAGAGCCGCUCGAGACUUUGCUGAAGGUCCCAGUGCCACACCUUCUCCCCACUCCCUUUGGCCUGUGUGCCCCAUCUAAGGGUGGGCUGAAAUCGGAUGACCCGACACAGCUCCCCAUUGCUGCUAACCCCUCCUCAGGGGACCUCCCCCAUUCCUUACAAGGGAUGGGGGUUCUGGGCCAAGGCCCCCACUGCCCCCUCCCACGGCUGGCUGCCAAGCAAGACCCCCAGCCCUCAGCCCUUCCCCUGGGACCCUAUGGGAAGAUUCCCUGAGAACUCUUGACCUCCCACCAAGAAAGAGUGAGGGUUUGGGACUCCCUGGACCCAGGCACCGCCCCCCACCCCCAACCCCUUCUUCCUCUCCCAGAAUUCUCCAGGCAGGCGAGAAAGAGACCAGGAACUCUAGGUGUGUGUAUAUACGUGUGUGUGUGUAAAUAUACCAACAUGCUCGGA